AUGCUCUCGUUGCAGGUGUCCUGUCUCUGUGGCUCUGCACCAUGUCUGCUCUGUGGCUGCUGCCCCCCGGCCAAGAACUCCACCUCCCGCCUCAUCUUCACCUUCUUCCUCUUCCUCGGCACCCUCGUGUCCAUCAUUAUGAUAAUCCCUGGUGUGGAGAAGGAGCUGCACAAGCUCCCCGGCUUCUGUGAAGGCAGUGGGUCAGUGCUGGGCGUCCAGACCCACGUUGACUGCAGGAGCUUCCUGGGCCUCAAGGCUGUGUACCGCAUGGGCUUCGCCAUGGCUGCCUUCUUCCUCCUCUUUGCCAUCCUCAUGGUGUGUGUGCGCAGCAGCAAGGACCCGCGGGCCGCUGUGCAGAAUGGCUUCUGGUUCUUCAAGUUCCUGGUGCUGGUGGGGAUCACGGUGGGGGCCUUCUACAUCCCUGAUGGUGCCUUCACCUCAGUCUGGUUUUACUUCGGUGUGGUUGGCUCCUUCCUCUUCAUCCUCAUCCAGCUCCUCCUCCUCAUCGACUUCGCCCACUCCUGGAGCCAGCUGUGGCUGCGCAACGCAGGCGAGAGCAACGCCAAGGGCUGGUAUGCAGCCCUCUGCACCGUCACUUUCAUCUUCUACGCCAUGUCCAUUGCUGCCAUAGUGCUGCUCUACAUCUACUACACGAAGCCUGAGGGCUGCACAGAGGGCAAGGUCCUCAUCAGCAUCAACGUCAUCCUCUGCCUCAUCGUCUCUGCUGUGUCCAUACUGCCCAAGAUCCAGGAGACUCAGCCACACUCAGGGCUGCUGCAGGUGUCCCUCAUCACCCUGUACACCAUCUACAUCACCUGGGCUGCCUUGGCCAACGUACCAAUCCAGGCCUGUAACCCCACACUGCUGGUGAGGAACAGCACCAGCUCAGCGACGACCACACAGCCACUGACAACCUGGUGGGAUGCCCCGAGCAUCGUGGGGCUCAUAAUCUUCAUCCUCUGCACACUCUUCAUCAGCAUCCGCUCCUCUGACCACCCUGAGGUGAACAAGCUGAUGCUGACGGAGGAGAGCGGGGCUGGGGCGGGCAGUGAGGCCGCGGAGCGUGGGGAGCACCGUGCCUAUGACAACGAGCAGGAUGGCGUGUCCUACAACUACACCUUCUUCCACCUCUGCCUCCUCCUCGCUGCCCUCUACAUCAUGAUGACUCUCACCAACUGGUACAGGCUGGAUGAGAACUUGCAGGUGCUGUCGAGCCCCUGGACCGCCGUGUGGGUGAAGAUCUGCUCCAGCUGGGCCGGGCUCCUGCUCUACCUCUGGACCUUGGUGGCUCCGCUGGUGCUGCCGGACCGGGACUUCAGCUGA